UACCAUUGUCAACAUAGAUGAAGCGGGACACGAGUAGCAUCACCGUGGAUGUCGCCGACUUCCGUCGCAUGCAAAUCAAGGCGGCGGAGGCCAUCAGCGAGUUGUCCACCUUUGGGCUUGGCGAGACCGCGCUGUCGUUGUUUCACUCGGAAGGCGACACGCGCGUGUACCAGCGCAAGGUGGCAGGCACCCCGUUCGGUGAACUCACGUCCACAGGCGCGAUGGCGCUGUCGAUGGACGCGUUGGGGUAUGCGCUGUACAACAGCACGUCGAACGAUCACCGCACGUUCCUCGGACUGCAUUACGCAACCGACUACCUCGAAGGCGCGGUGCUCAACAAAUCCAUGUCGCGGACUCACGACGACCCGUUCCUGUGGCUCGGAGCCAAGUACAAGAAGACUUAUCUGCCCAACACGACCAUGUUUGAGCCUCGCGAUACCACGUACCUCGAGUACUCGGCCAGCUCCGUGGACGUCCAUGGGCGGCGCCGCGUGGUGUUCAUUCAGGACUCGAAGGUGUUUCCAACGUUCCCACCCGUGCCGGAAGUGGUGCGGAUGGAGUUUACGCUCAUGCACUUGUUCACGGAAGUCAGCGAAGGACGCGUCGAGUUUGUGACCCGCUAUGUCCUCGGAAGCCUAGGCAAAGGGGUGCCGACAUUCCUCGCCAAGAAGAUGCUGCUGCGUAACCUCAUCCUGGACCCGCACCUGCCCCAGCUCGUGCAGAAGCGCCGGCUGCUGGAUAACUCGAUCAUCAACUCCCACGGAGGCAUCACGCCUGUGGUUCCCACCAUCAAAGACGGCAAGUGCACUACGUGCGCGGCAAAGUUUGGGGCGUUCAGAUCGGUCUCGCAUUGUGCUGCAUGUGGACAUGGAACAUGCAAGCCAUGUCGAGUGGUCGUGUAUCGCGCGUUGCAUGUCAAGUCAGUGAACCCCGUGGUGAAGCUGUGCUUUUGCAAAGCCUGCUCCAUUGACGCCCGUCUCUCUCGGUCCACGGCGCCACCGCCGCGUCGCGCGAAAUCGUCGUCGUCAUCGGGCGGCGCCAGCCGGGGGACCGACUUGAUUGAGAUUGUUGAGCACACGACGCCCCCACACCGCGACUACGUGCAGCAGCAUGAACACCCGCUUCAGCACCAUCAGUACGGAGGGACGGGUCCUCCGCCACGGUCCAAGCAGGUCUCGUCGUACUCGAACUCGACCAACUCGUCGAGCUAUCGACGGGAUGCGGGCCCCACUGCGGCCACCACGGAAGCCAUGGACGGAUGGAUGGAUGGAGAAGGCGCGCCAUCCGACGCACCGUCAACCAUCGAAGCGAUGGAGAUGCUGCAGCACAUGCAAACAUCGCUGGAAGACCAGAAGAUGCUCCUGCACUUGAUGCGCAUGCGACUGGCCAACCGGACGGAUCAAUAUGACGCGAGCUCCGUCCUGGCAACACCUUCGUCGGCAGGUGAUCAUCCACUCAAGGGAGCUGACGACGGUGGUUAUCCUUAAUUAUGUUACAUACGUCGAUGGUGGAGAGUGACUUGGGGUACAAUUCCCUCAUUCAGACAGUUUCACUGUUGUUUUGACCCGAAAUAC